AUGGGGUCUCUAAUAUUUAACAUCCCUGAGGUGGGGCUGUUGAUGGUGGAACAGGCCCUGGCUGACUAUGCGGUCAUGAUCACAGAGCUGAAGAAGGAACUGGGAGCUCAGAAAUGUCCCGUCAUCGUCAUCGUCUUUGGUGGAAGCUACGGAGGAAUGUUAAGCGUUUACAUGAGAAUCAGGUACCCGAAUAUUGUGGCUGGGGCGUUAGCCGCUAAUGCUCCCAUCCUGUCCACUGCAGGUCUUGGAGACUCUAGACAGUUUUUCCGGGACGUUACCACUGUAGGUUCAUAUUUAAUUCCUUUCAAAGAUGCAGUGCAAGGAGCUUUCCAGAAGCUAAACACUUUGGCACAACAGAAAGAAUACAGACGCAUCCAAUCUGUCUUCUCCCUGUGUAAAACUCCCUCCACCCCAAAGGACAUUCAUCAGCUGAACGGACUCUUACGUAACGCCUUCACCAUGAUGGCCAUGUUGGAUUAUCCCUACAGCACUCAUUUCAUGGGCAGCAUGCCAGCCUUCCCUGUGAAGGUGGCGUGUGAAACCAUGCUGAAUGGCACUGAUCUUAUGUCGGCACUCAGAGAUACUAUUGGCACUGUGUAUAAUUCCACUGGACAGCUCACAUGUUAUGACCUCUACAGUCUCUAUGUGGAGUGUGCCGAUCCCACCGGCUGUGGCCUUGGUUUUGACAGCUAUGCAUGGGAUUACCAGGCCUGCACUGAGAUCGAGAUGUGCUACGAGAGUAACAAUGUGACAUUGACCGAGCAGCAGACGGAACAGUACUGCUCAAAGAGAUGGGGGGUGGUGCCGCGUCCAGGGUGGCUGAAGACCCAGUUCUGGGGCGACGAUCUUGCCACAGCAAGCAAUAUCAUAUUUUCCAAUGGUGAUCUUGAUCCUUGGGCUAAUGGAGGGAUCAGGAAGUCACUCAGUCCAUCACUGAUUGCAAUCAACAUACCAGAGGGAGCUCAUCAUCUGGAUUUAAGGGAGUCUAACCCUGCUGAUCCUGAGUCUGUGAUUGUGGCUCGGAAGGAGGAGUCUGAAAUCAUUGCUCAAUGGGUGAAGGCAGCAAGGAAGAAGUCAUCAUGAGUUCGUUUUUAUGUACAAUUUAUUUCAACAUUGUAAACUUGUAAAAUAAUAAAGCCAUUUAUUUUCCACAGAAAUGGACAUUAAAAAGAUAUAUUCCAGAAAUAUAAAUUUGUCAAUAAUAAUAAUAAAAAAAAACAUUGUACAAACUCACUCUUAUGUCUAAAUCAUCACUUACAAAUUGCCAAAUUGAAUUGGGGUACUCGUAUUAGUCAUUAAAAGGAAUAUGUACAGCUGUUCCACAUAUUACUUGUUUUAUCACUCCCAUUUUAGAAUAUUCUUUGAAAUUCAUGGCACAUCUUUGGUGUUGUGAAUGAAUGAUACAAAAUGAUGUUGAUUUGUCAAUAUGCAUGAGGGCAGCUGAUAAUUUAAGACAUUUGCACAACAAAUGAGAGUGAGGCAUGAAAAGCCCUUCAUUUUAAGUCUGUGAUACACAAGUUCAUUUGAGUGUAGCGGUCCUCAGUUUCUCACACAAUUAGAAAAAAAAAAAAAUACACCCAGAAAUUGUGUACAGAUAGCAAGUUAAUUUAACACUUCCACGCUGUAUUAUAAAUAAUCACAAAGGUAUUUAUUCACAAUAAAACAAAAACAAUUCGUAGAUAGCUUCACAACAGGAAUGAGAUGUUUAAAAUAGAUUGAUUUCUCAUAAAAACUUGAUUCUCUGGAUUGAAAAUAGACAAGAUUUGUCAUCCUUGCUCUGUAUGUAAAGGCACACGCGGAACAGGACACCUCACCACAGCACGACAACGAGAAACCGGUUAAUGCUCAGCCCUUGAUGAACAUCUGCAAUGGUUUUAAUGUACAUACUAUAGAAAAAAACCUGGAUAAUAUUAAUGUAAGAUUCUGCACAGUGAGAUGUUCAACCAAGCUUUUCAAAUACAAUUCACAAAAUACACCUGUGAUCUGUGUAAACAGCAGGAAUAUUUUUUGAUGGUCAAAAAAGUUGGUAGCCCUGGCUAUUACCAGACAUUUUUUUUUUACAUUCUAUGCUAUUUAAGGCCAGGCCCACAGACUGAUCUGCAAUAAGUAG